AUGAUAUUUCAGUCACCCGUGACGAUACGACAUGUAGCUCUGGUGGCAGCCGUCUUAGUAGUCAUUCAUUUGCUCUUCUUCAGCGGAUUGUUUGCCCACUCCAGCAGUGAUGCUUUCUACGAAUAUUACGACCGCAUGAGGUGCCUGAUCCCUCCGGACUCGUCCUCCACAAUAACUUCCCCGACUGAUGGAAAGACAAAGUCGACGAAACAUCUGACACCGCCAAGUACGAACAUGAGCAUUGCGUUUUGCUCCUCUGUCCGAGAUCAGCGUCGAGAUAUGCCCGAGUGGUUCAUUCAUCAUUAUUACAAUAUCGGGAUCAAGCACUUUUACAUCAUGGACGAUGUUUCACAUCCUCCGCUUGCUACAUACGACAUUGACGGUUACUACGGCAUUCCCUCCUCAGCAAUCACAUUCACACGCUUUGAUGAGGGAGAGCGUCAAGCUCAUGGAGGAAUGAUGCAGGAGUUCCUCAACGAUGAAUGCAACCGACGUUGGGGCCAGUACCAUGAUUGGAUCGCCUACAUGGAUGUGGACGAAUACAUUGGUCUACUGACUGAUGAGACUCUGCAAGACAUCUUGCAGCCUUUUCUUGAGGAUCCGGGAAUAGGAGCAGUGGGUCUAAUGUGGUGGAUGCAUACCGCGAAUGGGCAGAUACACCGUCAGCCCUCAACCCGACGGGCUUACACAGAGUGCAUGAGCGACAGGAAAUUUGAUACGGUUGCCGAGGAUGAGUUAGGAGUGGACAACGAGCACAUCAAGAGCAUGGUCAAACCGUCGCUGUACAACAGGAAUCGAGACUCGCCACACGACUUCAACACAUUGAACGACUCGGUCACUGUUAUCGAGAACGGAGAUGUCAUUGAACAUUGGUGGCAUCGGCCUCCUGUUAGAGACAGAGUUGUCUUACACCACUACAUUGUGAAGAGCGAGGAAGAGUACUCUGAGAAGCAGGCAAGAGGCAACCAAGGCGGAACGUACCGAACGUGGGAGUACUGGAAUCAUAUCAACUACGGCCCCAAUGAGCCAUGCGAAGACAUGCUGAGAUGGGAAAUAUAA